GAGAGAACUUUCCUUUUCUGUCUUUUACCUUACUACAUCUCUCCUACAUCAUGGUUUCUUGAUUUGAGAUUUCUGCUAUCCUUGUCUUCCUCUAGAUUCUAUCGGUCACUGUUUAGGUUUGAAAAUCAGAGAGAGCUGACAGCUAUUACUCUUGGAAAGAAAAAGAAAGAAAAAAUCAAAAUCUUAGAAGGAAGAAAACAAUAAAAAAAGGGUUUGGUUUGGAAGCUGAAGGGGACCCGUUUGAUGAAAGUUUGUUGAGAGUAGGUUCUCAGGGCACUGUUCUUGGCUACCCUUUUCUUUGCUCUGCUUCCUCAGUUCACCUUUGGGCUUAAAUUCAAACCUUUCUGGUUUCUGCUGCACCAAGUAAACACAAAUUUCAUUGUUGUGUGAAAGGGUUGUCUUUGUGCUGUGUUUUUAGUCCGAGAGAUCCCGUUGGAUUUCUUCAUGCUAAAUGGUAGCUGUUGAGUUGAAUUGAGUUUUGAGGUCAUGGGUUUUUGUUUUUUAGCUCAAAGAUCUUACAUUUCAGGUUGGAAUUGAGGGAUCUUACACCCUCCACUUGUGUUGUUGAUUAUUGUCUUACUUUCAUUUUUUUAAUGGCCACUGUUGGUUGCUUCGUCCGCAAGCUGUUGCCAUAUGGUCCAUGUUCUACUUACUUUGGUGUUUGGGGAUAUGGGAUAUAAGUAUCUUCAUUUGGGCAUCUUAUCUCUUUCUUCGAGGGAGGUGUUUCUGAAUCUGCAGUUUGAGUAGGGGUUUUCCCACUGUCUAGAUCUCUUGUUCUUGGGAUUUGGUUUUGGUGGGGAUUGGUAGUCCAAAUCUUUUCCUUCAAAUUGUGGUUUUCCUUUGCAAGUUGCCAGUUGUUUGUUGCAGUUUGAGGUUGAAAGUCUUGGAGCUGUGACUAAAAGAUACUUCAUUGUAGUUCUUCUUCUUAAGUUCAACGCUGCACUUUUCAGUGAUACUAGCUUCUGCUGUGCUCAUGGGAGCUUAGUCCUGAUUUUGAGCAGAGUAUAUAUCAGUUUGGUUUCAGCAAUGGUGCUGCUCAGAUGUUUCUCAAUGACACUUUUGCAAUGGUGUUUUUUGGCUUGCUUAGUUUGCUUGUCACUAGGGCUUAAUAAUAAUCAAGCCCCCUGUGACCCUCAUGAUUUAUCAGCUCUGAAGAAGUUUGCCGGAGAACUUACAAGUGGCUCUAUCAUCGCAGCAUGGUCCAAUGACUCUGUCUGCUGCAACUGGCGUGGAGUUGUUUGUGAUAAUGUGACUGGAGGUGGUGGAACAGUUACGAGUAGAGUGACCAAGUUGAUCCUGCCUGAAAUGGGUCUUAAUGGUACAAUUUCACCCUCUUUAGCACAGCUAGAUCAGCUCAGUGUGCUGAAUCUUUCAUUAAAUCACCUUAAAGGUGGAUUGCCUGUGGAGUUCUCCCAGUUGAAGCUGUUGAAGUUCCUUGAUGUGAGCCAUAAUAUGCUGUCUGGACCUGUUGCUGGAGCUCUUUCUGGUCUGCAAUCCAUUGAAGUAUUGAAUAUUUCUAGCAAUUCACUUUCUGGAGUUCUCUUCCCUUUUGGGGAGUUCCCUCUUCUCCAUGCUCUGAACGUGAGCAACAAUUCAUUCACUGGCGGAUUCAAUUCACAAAUUUGCAGUGCUACCAAAGAACUUCACACCCUUGAUUUGUCAGCAAAUAAUUUUAUUGGUGGUCUUGAAGGCUUGGACAACUGCACCGCAUCUCUCCAACGGCUGCAUUUGGAUUCCAAUUCGUUUACUGGCCCUCUUCCAGAUUCCUUGUAUUCAAUGUCAGCCUUGGAGGAGCUCUCAGUCUCUUCCAACAAUAUUUCUGGCCAGUUAAGCAAGCAACUAAGUAAGCUCUCUAACCUAAAAAUUCUGGUGCUUUGUGGAAACAGGUUUUCUGGGGAACUUCCAAAUGUAUUUGGGAAUCUUUUGCAGCUAGAAGAAUUAGAAGCUCAUGGCAAUUCAUUUUCUGGAUCCUUGCCCUCCACCUUGGCUUCAUGCUCUAAGCUUAGGGUGCUUAACCUCCGAAACAAUUCCUUUUCAGGGCCUAUUGGUCUUAAUUUCACUGGCUUGUCUAAUCUUCAAACACUCGACCUUGCUACUAAUCAUUUCACUGGACACCUUCCAACUUCCCUGUCCUUUUGUCGUGAAUUGAAGGUUUUAAGCCUUGCUAGGAAUGGCUUAACUGGCUCUAUCCCUGAAAACUAUGCAAACCUAAGUUCACUUUUGUUUGUGUCCUUUUCAAACAACAGCAUUGAGAACUUAUCUCGGGCAGUAUCUGUUUUGCAGCAGUGCAAAAAUCUCACUACUCUUAUCCUCACCAAGAAUUUCCAUGGUGAGGAAAUUCGGGAAAGUACCAUAGUAGGAUUUGAGAGCCUUAUGAUUUUAGCACUUGGAAAUUGUGGUCUUAAAGGUCACAUUCCUUCUUGGUUAUCCAAUUGCAGGAAGUUGGCAGUUCUUGACUUGUCUUGGAACCGUUUGAAUGGCAGUGUUCCUUCUUGGAUUGGUCAGAUGGACAGUUUGUUCUAUAUGGAUUUCUCGAAUAAUUCUCUCACAGGAGAAAUACCGAAAAGUUUGACAGAGUUGAAGGGACUCAUGUGUGCAAACUGUAAUAGAGAAAAUCUUGCUGCUUUUGCAUUCAUUCCUCUCUUUGUUAAGAGAAACACAAGUGCAAGUGGACUGCAAUAUAACCAGGCCUCAAGUUUCCCUCCUUCAAUUUACUUGAGCAAUAACAUAUUGAGUGGAAAUAUAUGGCCCGAAAUUGGUCAAUUGAAAGCACUGCAUGUCUUGGAUUUAAGCAGGAAUAACAUCACUGGUACCAUUCCUAGCACUAUUUCAGAGAUGGAGAACUUGGAAACCUUAGAUUUGUCUUAUAAUGAUCUUACUGGAGAAAUUCCUUCAUCAUUUAACAACCUCACUUUCUUGUCAAAGUUCAGUGUGGCAUAUAAUCGGUUAGAGGGAUCAAUUCCAACUGGGAAUCAAUUUUUAGGCUUCCCAAGUUCAAGCUUUGAGGGAAACCAAGGGCUUUGUAGGGAAAUUGAUUCUCCUUGCAAAAUUGUCAACAAUACUAAGCCCAUCAGUUCUUCCGGGUCUUCCAAAAAGCUUGGUAGAAGCAAUGUCCUUGGCAUAACUAUAAGUAUAGGGAUAGGGCUUGCACUGCUUCUUGCAUUUAUUUUGCUAAGAAUGUCAAGGAGGGAUGAUGAUAAGCCCAUCGACAACUAUGAUGAGGAACUCAAUAGCAGGCCACACAGGUUAUCCGAGGCACUUGUUUCGUCAAAGUUGGUUCUUUUCCAGAAUUCAGAUUGCAAGGAUCUUACAGUUGCAGAUUUGUUAAAAUCCACAAACAAUUUCAACCAGGCAAAUAUUAUUGGUUGUGGUGGGUUUGGUCUUGUCUACAAGGCAUAUCUUCCAAAUGGCACAAAAGCAGCUAUCAAGAGACUUUCAGGUGACUGUGGUCAGAUGGAACGUGAAUUCCAAGCUGAAGUAGAGGCCCUCUCAAGAGCUCAACACAAGAACCUUGUUUCUCUGAAAGGAUAUUGUCGGCAUGGCAAUGACAGACUGUUAAUAUACUCGUACUUGGAGAAUGGAAGCUUGGAUUAUUGGCUGCAUGAGUGCGUGGAUGAAAGCGCAGCUCUAAAAUGGGAUGCAAGACUGAAGAUUGCACAAGGUGCUGCACGUGGAUUAGCUUACUUGCAUAAGGGUUGUGAACCAUUCAUAGUGCAUCGUGAUGUUAAAUCCAGCAACAUUCUUUUGGAUGACAAGUUUGAAGCUCAUUUGGCUGAUUUUGGUCUCUCACGACUACUUCAACCAUAUGACACUCAUGUGACAACUGACUUGGUAGGAACUUUAGGAUAUAUUCCUCCAGAAUAUAGUCAGACACUGACAGCAACCUUCAGGGGUGAUGUUUAUAGUUUUGGUGUUGUUCUUCUUGAGCUUCUAACAGGUAGAAGACCUGUGGAAGUCAUCAAGGGGAAAAAUUGCAGAAAUCUGGUUUCUUGGGUGUUCCAGAUGAAAUCUGAGAAUAAGGAGCAGGAAAUUUUUGAUCCAGCAAUUUGGCAUAAGGAUCAUGAGAAACAGCUACUAGAGGUGUUUGCCAUUGCUUGUAAAUGUCUAGACCAAGAUCCUAGGCAGAGACCCGCUAUUGAAGUAGUUGUUUCAUGGCUUGAUAGUGUAAGAUUUGAUGGUUCUCAUCAGUGAUCUUAGUUGGACUGGUGUCCUUGGGUUUUGGUUGGUGUAUCAUUGACUACACAGUUGUAAAGCAAGUUUAUUGUAUGAAGGUGGAAUGUUAUUGAUAUAGUUACUGCCUUAUAUCGUUCUUUAGUCCUUUAGUUCAUUAAAACUGAUAGGUGUAAUAUGUAUAAAUGAUAAUUUUGGCAACGAGAUGGUCUUGCAAUAAACAGUUUGAGUAUUUUUUUUUUCCCGUUGAUAA